GGGAAGGGAAGGGAAGGGAAGGGAAGGGAAGGGAAGGGAAGGGAAGGGAAGGGAAGGGACGCUCAGCGGCCUGCAGUUUAUCAGCGCGGGGGCUGCUCAAGCGAGCUGGAGCAGCGGAGCCAUGAGCGGAGGCAGCCGCGCAUCGCCCACAGACAGGCCCGGCCCCGCUGCCCUCAGGGCCCCGCUCUGGUUUCGCUUUCGCCUUCGCCGCCUUUCCCAGAAGUCACGUGACGCGCCCUCCGCCCGGGAACGCCCCCGGCCCGCCCCCGCGCACGCGCACUCGGGCGGGCGCGCGGCUCCCCGAGCGCAGCCGGCACCGUGACAGCGCCGAGCCGGAGCCGAGGCUGCUCUCUGCCCGCGGCACGCCCACCGAGCUUUGUGCUUCGGUGUCCUUGCACCUGGGGAAACGGGAGGUGGCUCCCAGCGGUCUUCAUUCCCGACAGGGACACCCCUGCUCCUCCGUCGCCUGUCGCAUCCGCUCUCAACUCCUCGCUCUCCACAGCUCACCCUCUGCAGACCUGCCCUGCCCGGGAGCGCUCGAAGCGGACCCCUGUCCCCAGCACGGCUGACGCUGCUCCCGCUGAUCCCGUGCCUCCAGCAUCGCUGGGCAGCCUCUGCUGGACAGAAUGUCUCAGUGGUAUCAACUCCAGCAACUUGAUUCCAAGUUUUUGGAGCAAGUUCACCAGCUAUAUGAUGACAGCUUUCCUAUGGAGAUCAGGCAGUACCUGGCACAGUGGUUGGAAAACCAGGAUUGGGAACAUGCGGCCAACAAUGUUUCAUUUGCUACACUCUUAUUCCAUGAGCUGCUGUCACAGCUUGAUGAUCAAUUCAGUAGAUUCUUGAUAGAAAACAACUUUUUACUGCAGCACAACAUAAGGAAAAGCAAACGUAAUCUUCAGGAUAACUUCCAAGAAGAUCCAAUACACAUGGCAAUGAUCAUCCACAACUGUCUGAAAGAAGAGAGGAAAAUACUGAACUGUGCCCAGGCAUGCAAUGAGAUGGAAGUAGGGAAUGUACAGAACACUGCGACUGGGAUGCCAGACAAACAGAAGGAGCUUGAUGCCGAAGUAAGGGCUGUAAAAAGCAGUGUUUCAGACGUGGAGCAGGACAUCAAGACAUUAGAGGAUUUGCAAGAUGAAUAUGAUUUCAAAUGUAAAACCCUGCAGAACAGAGAACAUGACUCCAAUAGUAUGUCUCAGGAGGAAUACAAGAAAGAGCAGCUGAAUCUCCAGCACAUGUUCUUAUCACUGGACCGCAAGAGAAAGGAUGUGGUGAAGGAGAUAGUGCAGCUGCUGCAGAACACAGAGCGCAUACAGGCUGCCCUUAUUAACAAUGAGCUGGUGGAGUGGAAGCACAGGCAGCAGACAGCUUGCAUUGGUGGGCCCCCCAACGCCUGCCUCGACCAGCUGCAGACCUGGUUCACCAUUGUGGCUGAAAGUCUACAGCAAGUUCGUCAGCAGCUCAAGAAGCUUGAGGAACUGGAACAGAAAUUUACCUAUGACCCUGAUCCCAUCACAAAAAACAAACAAUUUCUGCAGGACCUAACACACAAGCUUUUCCAGCAGCUCAUCCAAAGCUCCUUUGUGGUAGAGAGGCAGCCUUGCAUGCCAACACAUCCUCAGAGGCCACUGGUCCUGAAGACAGGAGUGCAGUUCACUGUGAAGCUGAGAUUACUGGUGAAACUGCAGGAACUGAACUACAACUUGAAAGUGAAAGUUUUAUUUGACAAAGAUGUAACUGAGAAGAACUCGGUCAAAGGGUUCAGGAAAUUUAAUAUUUUGGGAACAAACACAAAAGUAAUGAACAUGGAAGAAUCUACUAAUGGAAGUCUUGCAGCAGAAUUCAGGCACUUGCAACUGAAAGAACAGAAGAACGCAGGGAGCAGAACAAAUGAGGGUCCUCUGAUUGUAACAGAAGAGCUUCACUCUCUGAGUUUUGAGACACAGCUGUGCCAGCCUGGUUUGGUAAUAGACCUAGAGACCACAUCCCUUCCCAUUGUUGUGAUCUCAAAUGUGAGCCAGCUUCCCAGUGGAUGGGCUUCUAUCUUGUGGUUCAACAUGCUGUCUACUGAUCCCAAGAACCUGUCCUUUUUUCUGAAUCCACCUUGUGCAAAGUGGUCUAAGCUUUCUGAUGUUCUGAGUUGGCAGUUUUCUUCUGUAACAAAGAGAGGACUUAAUGCAGAUCAGCUGAGCAUGCUGGGGGAGAAGCUUCUUGGGCCAACAAAUGGAGGAUCUCAGGAUGGCCUUAUUCCUUGGACAAGAUUCUGCAAGGAAAAUAUAAAUGAUAAAAAUUUCCCCUUUUGGCUGUGGAUUGAGGGAAUCCUGGAGCUUAUUAAGAAACAUCUCCUGUGUCUCUGGAAUGAUGGCUGCAUUAUGGGCUUCAUCAGCAAAGAGAGAGAACGUGCUCUGCUGAAGGACCAGAGCCCAGGAACAUUUUUAUUGAGAUUCAGUGAAAGCAGCAGGGAGGGAGCAAUCACCUUUACCUGGGUAGAGGAAUCUCAGAAUGAGCCACAGUUCCACUCAGUAGAGCCCUACACCAAGAAGGAGCUCUCUGCCGUCACCUUCCCCGACAUCAUCCGCAAUUACAAAGUGAUGGCAGCCGAAAACAUCCCCGAGAACCCGCUGCGGUUCCUGUACCCCAACAUCCCCAAGGACAAUGCCUUUGGCAAGUACUACUCCAGGCCCAAGGAGGCACCAGAGCCAAUGGAUUUGGAUGGUCCCAAGGGAACUGGCUACAUCAAGACCGAGUUAAUCUCUGUAUCUGAAGUGCACCCUUCCAGGCUGCAGUCUCCAGAAAACCUGCUGCCCAUGUCUCCCGAGGAGUUUGAUGAGGUGUCUCGGAUGGUGGGCCCCGCCGAGAUCGAUACUGUGAUGUGUACCCAUAUCCAGCUCUGAGCUCUGGCUGAGCUUUCCCAGCGUCAUUAGCACGGCCCAUCCGCUUCCUGCAUCCUGUGCUGCACUCAGUGCCUUGGUGACAACGCUCCACUGCCUUAGUUCCUCAGCCUCAAGGUCCAGCUGCAGUUUCAGCUGAUGGGAAUAUCAACAGCAGCAGCCUGAGCAGCCUCCUUUGUUUAAUUAGCAAGAUGCCAUGCACAUCUUUGGUUAAUUAGCAAGAUACCAUGCACAUCUUUGGUUAAUUAGCAAAAUACCAUGCACAUCUUUGGUUAAUUAGCAAGAUACUGUGCCAAAGUGGAGGAAGAGGAAGGUGAGAAUGUGAGCUCCUCCAUAACAGUGAUGGCAGAAACAUGCAUUCAUUGUUUGAAGGAAUUAGUUAAACGUUUAAAACAGUUCACUGUAUAUAGAAGGCUUCAAAGAAAAGCUGGUUUUUUUGCAGAGGUUCUGUUCAGAAAGCUUACACCUUGAAUUUUUGUCACAAAAGGGAAGCACUCUACACAUACCAUGCCACACCAAAUCCAUGUACUGCUGAAGUUUGUUGUGCUUUUAAGCUCUUCUGGGCAUGGCCCAUGGAGAGAGCAGAAGCCCAGAAUGUUACCUGCAUUUCAUUUUCACAAGGCAUAAUCUUGUGUAGGAUGUUUAGCACAGUCUUUCUCAAAAAAAGCAUUUCUUAGGACACCACCUUGGCACAUGCUGAGCUUAGAAGCCAAGGUGCAUAAUCAAGACUAAAGCUUCUGCAGACUGCAGUCAUCAGACAAAAUCAGAACUUCCUUUUAGAAGACUGCAAAAGGGAUUGAAUUAUGUUUUUAUUUACUGUGCCUAAUGCGCCAAGGUAAGGUUCUGGUCAUCCCUAUCUUCUGCAAUAAUACAGACCCCAUGUAGGUUGUAACAGGUGGAAUGGAACUCAGUUUUCUCAUGCAUCAUGAACCAGGGCAUUUAUUUAACUGUUAUUUUGAAUAGCUAAAAUACUUUACAGGCUUUGAUAAUGAAGUGGUUUUGUAAUUAGGGGUAAGGCACAGGAAAGUGAAGAAGUUAAAGUUCAUCCAGAGCAAUGGCUGCAGGAUACAGUCUGCAGUACCUAAAGGAUGAAGCUGUGCUUCCACCAGGAGGAGCAGGUUGGUUUCUCAGCACGUUUGGAGGCAAUUAACAGCUCUCAGUUAAGAGGCAAGGCUGUUCAGGCAGCUCUCUGUCUCUGAGGGGCCUGCCUGGGCAGGGGCUGGACAAGGUGACUUCCAGAGGCCCCUCCAGACCAUCAGCUGCUGUUGGGGAACAAAAGGACUGCUUCAGUUUGGUGUGUUGUGCCAAGACAUCUGAUGUGCCCCUCAAAAAGCUUCCUAGAAAAAGGACCCAGAGCAUGUAACACAUGCAUUUAAAAGAAAGCAUUGCAAACUGACUUCUUUUUGGUGCCCUGAGUUACUGAGAUUAACAGUGCUACAGGAAAUGACUUACUGCUUUUAUCUCAUUGUAGCUAGCUGGAUGUGUAUCUGUUGCUCAUACAAAAAUCAAGUUGGUUGUUGAGCUAUGCUUUGUAUUCACGUUCUACAAGUCAUUUUAUUCUUCAGUUUUGUGGGACUUAGAGCAGUGGCCUUAUUCACAGCUUGGUCUUUCCAUAGCCAAUAGUUCUAGAAGCAGUGACUUUUCCUCAAUAGAAUAUUCUUUUAUAUAUUUUAAAUAAAAGGAACUGUCAGUUGCCA